AUGGCUGAUCUUCCGUUUGGUCCCCCAGUAAAAGUAUCCCCAUUGAUAAGGUUUGGCCGUUGGUCAUUCCUUAGCGCUGGUAUCCUAUAUGGUGUCUUCCACCAAAACAGAUUAUCCAAGAAGGAGGCCAAGAUUCGUGAAAUCGAAGCUAAGGAAAAGGUGAUCAGGGAUGCGAAGCUUAAAGAAGAGAAGGCAAUUGCUGCUGCUGCCGAGCUCAAAGCCUUGGAAGAAAUGGUCGCAACCAAGAAG